AUGGGGGAGGGCCUUAAGGGCUUUGGAGGAGGGGGGCAGCCUCCGGAGGGUGGCUGCCCAAUUUCACAUUCCCCACACCACCCUCCAGGACCGGAGGAAGGGGAGAUAUGCCCUCCAGCCCCACCCCAACCGGCGUUGAUGCGGACGAGGAGGAGGCCCUACUUGGGCUACAUUUUCUGGAUGGCAGCCCACGCCUUCCCGAUCACUAAGUCGGUGGCGUUGGUGCUGGCCAUCCAGAUCUGUAAGGCGUCGGGACGGCCAAACCCAUUUGUGAACAUGGAGAAGGGCCUGAGUAAGAUGUGGUGGAGCCGGUUCCGAGCUCGCCACCCCACCGUAGCCUCCAGGAGGGCCAAUCCACUGGAAAGGGAGCGGCUCCAUGGGGCUACGGUGGAAAGGGUGGACGAGCUCUUCCACAUCUGCCAGGCCCUUUAUGACCAACAUGGAUUCAGCGGGACCCCUGAACUGAUCUACAACUGCGACGAGACGGGAUUCGGCGACAAGGGCCACUCCAGGCAACGUAUCCUCUGCCACAAGGGGCAGAGGUGCGUUUACGCGCAGCAGGUGACCACAAGAGAACACAUCACCGUUCACUGCUGCGCGAACGCUGCUGGGGAAAGCAUACCCCCUUUUGUCAUCUUCCGGGGGAGCUUCCCCAGCACAGCCUACGGCCUGGAGGGGCCCCAGAAUGCACUCUACGGUGUGUCGGAGAAGGGGUACAUGGACAGCGACCUAUUCCUGAAGUGGCUGGGGCACUUCGUCAAGUACGCCCGGCAGGAGCGGCCCCUCCUCCUUUUCAUGGAUCAACAUGAGGCUCAUGUUGGGACGGGGGUGGUCGACUUCUGUCGGGCCAACAGGAUCGAGGUGGUGUGCCUGCCAGCGCACACCACCCAUGUGCUCCAGCCACUGGAUGUGGCGGUGUACGGCUCCCUAAAGGCGGCGUUCUCCAGGCUGGCGCACAACAUGGGGCUGGUGAGAGGCGACCUUGUCAUCGGCAAGCGGCAAUUCUCGGCGGUGCUAAAGUACGCGCUGGAGGAGGCCUGUACCCCCCAUAACAUCAUCAGUGGGUUCAGACGGACAGGCCUCUUCCCGCUGAACAGGAUGGAGGUGGACGAGUCAAAGCUCGUCAAAGGCCUCCGGGACCGUUCAGCGGGUGGGGAGUGUUUUGACGCCCCGGAGGACACUGACGAGGACAUGUCCACCCCUCCUUGCACCGUCGAGGGCCCCGCUGCCCCUGCCGCCUCCACCAGCACCACAGACAACAACUGCGCCGCCAACGCCGCCUCCAACACCACCACCGACGCCGUACCCGCCACCAACACGAUACCCCUCUCCACCACCGUAGCAAACACCUGCGAAGUCGCCACCACCACCACCACCCCCGUCUCGUCGCCACGGGGUCCCGCUGCCACGACCACCACCGCCGUCCCGACGCCUUGGGGCCCAGUUGCCUCCUCCUCGUCCACCACCACCACGGCCGGCGCUGCUGCUGCCACCACCGCAGCCAUGGCCACCUCCACCACAGCCGCCGCUGCCUCCACCUCUACCUCCAUCACAGCCACCGCUGCCUCCACCUCUACCUCCACCACAGCCGCCGCUGCCUCCACCUCUACCUCCAUCACAGCCACCGCUGCCUCCACCUCUACCUCCAUCACAGCCACCGCUGCCUCCACCUCUACCUCCAUCACAGCCACCGCUGCCUCUACCACCACCACGGCCGGCGCUGCUGCUGCCACCACCGCAGCCAUGGCCACCUCCACCACGGCCGCCGCUGGGACCACCACCGCCACCGGACAGUGCCCGACCUGCCACCGCUUCCCCAACCCCCUGGUACGUUCUGGAGUCAUCCCGGCGGCACUAGCCGACAUCCUGCUGCCGCCACAUAUUGAAACGCCGGCCAGGGGGAGGGGGAGGAGGAUGCCUCAGCCUGCAAAUGUCAUCACCUCGGACGCCAAUAUGCGGGAAAGAGCCGAGAGGGAGGCUGAGGCAUCCCGCAUAGAACAACAGCGGCAGGAUCGGGCAGCCCAGCGCGUGGUCCGGCAGCAGCAGGCCGCUGCUACACAGGCAGCAAAGGCGGCUGCACGCGCUGUAAGGGAGGCCGCUAGGAGGCAGCGCGAGAUGGCACAAUUCCAGGCGCGGCAGGAGAGGGAGGCCCGUCAGGCGGCCGCUAGGGAGGCUCGGCUGGCCCAGGAGUCUGCACGGGCAGGUCCCGCAGACUGUGCCAUGUGCGGGCGCAUGGCACCUGCUGGUGGGUCCGGCCAGGUGCUGUGGCUGGGCUGCGACAGCUGCACCCUCUGGUACCACGCACAGUGCGUUGAUGUCAUCUUGGUACCAGAGGGUGAGUGGUACUGCCCCACGUGCCACAAUAUGGCGGCAAGGGAGGUGGCCAUGCAGCUCGAGCUGUAG